CGAAGCAAGCAUGUUUUAAAAGGUUUACUGAAGUGCAUCGAAGACGCGUUUGUUUUAGGUUAGGUUUUUAUGCACACCGAUUGUCGCGUGUUGGGCACGGUGUGUCUGUGGUAGUUCUCGUGUUUUCCAGAACAUUUCAUCAUCCUCGCAGUGUGCCGGCUCGUUGCGGUACACUGGAUGCGAAAUAAUAUUUUUGUACAAUAAUGAUAGUGACGGGGAAUGGGAGGCCACAUUCCUUUUGUACCUGUAAAUGUUGAUGCUUAAUUUUAUGGUGAAAUUGUAGAGUUUUCAUUCACACUCCGAACCGGCAAAGCCAAAGUCCCUAUUGCUCGUACAUUCGCAACUGCUGCGGUGCCUUCUUACGCACAUGGUGUGCGCCGGUUGCUAGGGUCAACUACGUAUGCCCUUCUUUGCCAUGGAAACGAAAGUAUCCGAUCAGCGCAAGCUGACGGAAAUCUUACUGGAAACAGAGCGCGUUGCCGACCGAAUUUUGGCCUACAAGCAAGAGCUGGUGGAGCUGGACAAACGGCGGCAGGAUACGCGCGAGGCGCUCCGGCUGAUCGAGAAGCACAUUCCCGAGACGCAGCAGCGCGUUUGGAUAACGAUCGGUUCGAUGCUCAUGAAACGCGACCGCCACACCGCGGUUGAGCUGUUGCGCAAGGAUCAGCAAACGACGGAGGCGGAGAUCGAACGGAUACGCAUGGAGCAGAAGCUGCUGGUUGCAAAGCAGCGCGAUCUCGAGCACGAUCAGCCGUUGCGCGGGUUCAAUUUGAAACCACUAAGCAAUGCGGAAAUUGCUGGCAUUCGGUCGAAUUUGCCUGGUUUUUGAGGAUGAAGUGUAGGGAUGAGGGCCGUUUUUACACUGUAAACUGUAUUAGAAGUAAAGGAGGGAUAAUGCGAUGUCGAUCGCGCUCUCUUGCUGUUUCAUGUAUCUCAUAAGUUUAUUUACUUAAUAAAAUCACAUAAAUAUAGCAAUCUUACCGUUUUUCUAAAUUGUUUCU